AUGGACGCCCUAUCGGCUACACUAACGGUCACACCUACUGCGCCAACAACAACAAAUAUCAAUUUCGCUACUUCAAUCUCACCAACAAACGAGCCCGCCAUUGAGGGGAGAAAUGAGACCUUCUUUGAAGACACUCAGAGUGAAGACGACGAUUGUGGGUCGUUUGACAUUGCUGGUGAUGCCGAUGAUGUAAGUCAAGGUGAGGAAGAGAUGAGCGAGAUGGACUUUGGGUCACAUGAUGUUGCUGGCUGUGAAAAUUGCGGAUCAAUUGACACUGCUGGUACUGAGGUGGAGCAGACCAAUCGAUUCAUUAAAUCGUCACUGAAUUUGAACAACUUCGAUGCUAGCUACAUAAGUAGCAAAGUUCAGCCAUACAAGUAG